AUGGCCACCAACCUUGAGCAAGCACAAAGCGUGCACGCCUCUGAAGGCGAGUACGAGAAGACGCCCAACAUCAUUUCAGAGGAGACUUCUUCUGCAAUCAACGAUAAGAGGUUGUUACGACGCAUUGACGUAUGGAUAUGUCCCAUGAUGGCGUUUUCAAUGUCGCUGCAGUUCCUCGAUAAAUCAGCUCUACCCGCGGCUUCAAUUUUAGGCAUUAUCGAGGAUCUUGGUCUUGUUGGGAACCAAUACUCAUGGUCAAAUUCCAUCUUUGCCUUUGGCUACCUCUCCUUCACCUUCUUCACGGGAUAUCUGAUGGUCCGACUACCCAUUGCUAAGUUGCUGGUUGGAACCUUCUUCAUAUGGGCAGUAUUGAUUGGAUGUCAUGCUGCAACGAAGAAUUUCACCGGUAUCAUGGUGGUGCGGUUUUUCCUUGGUGCCGCUGAAGCAGCUGCUAUUCCAGGCUUUUCUCUCAUGACCGGAAUGUGGUACAAAAGAAAGGAACACCCCUUGAGACACGGGUUUUGGUUUCUCGGCACAUCUCUCGGCAUUAUGUUGGCUGGACUUCUAUCCUUUGGUGUUGCCCAUAUCGGAACAGAUGGAGGAUCGGGUCCAUGGAGGUGGCUUUUCAUUGCAUUGGCAAUCCUCACUGCAGUCUGGGCUUCUCUAAUGCUCUACUUCCUACCUGAUACCCCGGGAAAUGCAAGAUUUCUGUCCGCGGAGCAGAAAAUCCGUGCAGUGGAACGCGUCAAGGCUACUAAUCAAAGUGUUACAAAGAGCAACCAAUUUCACUGGGGCCAUUUUCUCGAGGCAGUGCUUGACAUCAAAAUUUGGCUUAUCUUCUUCUUCCUGGUUUGUGUCACAAUCUGUAACAGCAGCCUGACGGCAUUCUCACAAAUUGUCCUUGUUGGUCUUGGAUUCAAUGUCAAACAAGCAAAUCUCUUCACCAUUGCUACCGGUGGGUUGCACGGUCUCUUUGGCAUUACUGCCAGCUGGCUUUGUACCAAAUAUCGCAACAUCCGCGCUCCAGUCUGCAUAGUAUUAUGCACAAUCAGUUUAACGGGAAGUCUUCUCGUCCGCUUUGGCCCAAAUCUCGGGAGCAAGCUCUUCGGAUUCUUGAUUUUCUAUGCCUACCCCUGUACAGUGUCUAUCGCACUUUCGAUCAUCGCCUCGAACACCGCUGGGUUCACAAAGAAGAGUGUUGCAACUAGCAUGUCUGUCAUUGGAUACUCCGCUGGCAACAUUGUUGGACCAUUUGCGUUUCUACCAAGCGAGAAACCUGCUUAUCCAACCGGGUUUACCACCACCACCUGUUGCUUUGGGGCAGCAAUUAUACUGAUGUCGCUUCUUAUCGUCGCAGUACGAAUCGAAAAUAGCCGUCGCGAUCGUAAAUAUGGUACCGUUAAUGCUGAGAUCCGCGAACAUGUGGCAAACGAGAUCUUGGAGCAGGACCUCACUGAUGGAAAGAACACCAACUUUCGAUAUGUCUACUAG